AUGUCGCACCACAGCAGCGCUGUGCACUGGAGCUCAACGUUGAGCUUAUACAUUAUCCUCGCAUGGGCUCUCCUCGCAUCAUUGGCUGCAGCACAGGCGUACGACAUUAUAGAACGCGAUGGAGAUACAGUACUUGAAGAACGCCAGAACUACCAGUUCACCGGGGCGCUAGCGAUCUAUGGGGACGGAAGUAGCGUUUCGAAUACGCAGAACAAUGGCGGAAGUGGGACGGGCAGUACUGCCGUGCAGGCACAAUGUCCAUCGGACCAUCCAGUCAGUUGUACAAACAUACAGCAGCCGAACUACUGCUGUCCUUCUGACAACAUUUGCUCGUGGUCGAACUCUGUGGUCGCGUGCUGUCCAAACGGGAAGACAUGCAACGGCAUUGCAGGAGCUGGAGGAGGAUACGUACAGACUACGACCCAAUACUGGGCGCCAACGACAACAUGGCAGCCUCCUGCAACGACUGUUUAUGGAGGAGGUGGAUAUGUUGCACCUGCUGCGACGACCGUCGUCGGGUAUGGUGGGUAUUGCUCGACACUUGUCGCUGUAGGACCUGGGCUGCCGACCACGCAAGCUGGAGAAUGUGGAACGAUACUUAUUGUGGAAGCCGAUGCCAUCCAAAAAGCAGUGCUGGGGUGGACAAAGCUGCUCGUAUUGUUGGUGGGGUUGCAAGUGCUCGGUGGAGCGCUGUUCAUGAAAAGAUGA